UGAGAUAAACCACAAAAAUGGUUUAUCUGCUGCCACCGGUAAGAUAGAACCUUCACUUCCUCUUACGGGUUCCUUAUAUCUACGGCACUAGAAUUGAAAAGACAAGUUUCGUUUUGUUGUUUACUUUCCUGUUGUACUCAAAAAUCAUCUGAUAUUUUUAUCAAUUCCUUUAAUCAAUCCGAUAUUUUAAGGAAAAACAGUAUUGCGUCAUUCCUUAUCAUUGUUGAGAUAAAAUAUAUUGUUUUACAUAUAAAGUUGUUUUGAAGUGAACUUAUUAUUAUUUCUUUCUGUAUGUGAUGAAGACAUUUCCAGAAGUGUCAAUAGUAUAAUAGAGUGGAAUAUAUCUGUUUGUUGUAGUAAGAAUAUUUUACAGAGUUUAAAAAGAUAAAGAUGGCAGAAGAUCGAUUAAAAACUAUUUAUCGUCAUUUGAAUCCUGAUAAAUCAGCACCUGAAAUGCUUUUAUUUGGAAUGCAAAAUCCUAUGAAGGCAAUUGUUCAAAAAAGCAAUUAUUCGCAAACAAGAAAGCCAAAUGAAUCUAAAUCUUUCCGUUAUACAAAUAACUGCAGUAGGUUGUCUAGAGGACAACGGUUAUUUUAUGAAGAAAAUGGUUUUAUUGUUGUGCCACAGCUUGUAUCAGAAGAGUCUCUUGAAAUUUACAGGCAGCGUUUUAAAGAUAUUUGUGAUGGAAAAGUAAAUAUUCCAGGACUAACAGUAAUGAGAGAUGUCACUUUUAGCAAAACAAGACCUAAUGAAAGAGUUAUAAAUAAAAUUCAGGAUUUCAUUUUUGAUGAAGUAUUGUUUGAUUACUGUUCUUUACCUCAGAUUGUCGAUUAUGUUGAAUGCUUUUGUGGUCCCAAUAUCAAAGCAAUGCACACAAUGCUUAUAAAUAAACCUCCUGAUCCAGGCUCUCUUACUUCUCGCCAUCCACUCCAUCAAGACUUGCAUUACUUUCCAUUUAGGCCUGCAGAUAAAGUUGUUUGUGCAUGGACAGCUAUGGAAAGAGUGAACCGUCAAAAUGGAUGCCUAGUUGCUAUUCCUGGAACACAUAAAGGCCCAUUAUUAGAGCAUGAGUACCCAGAUUGGGAAGGUGGUGUUAAUAAGAUGUAUCAUGGAGUUUCUGACUUGAAAGAAAAUCAGAAGGAUAGAAGAGUCUUUUUGGAAAUGGAAGCUGGUGAUACAGUCUUUUUUCAUCCAUUAUUAAUUCAUGGUUCUGGAGCUAAUAGAACAAAAGGAUUUCGAAAGGCUAUAUCUUGUCACUAUGCUUCAAGUGAUUGUGAUUAUAUUGAUGUAAAAGGAACAUCACAGGAAUAUGUUGCUAAUGAAAUACUUGAAAUUGCUAAAAAGAGGGGGUUGGAUAUCGAUGAUGUAAAGUACAUAUGGCAAAUCAGAGGACGUUUAGUUCGAGGUGAAGAAAACACUCUGUGAUGUGAAGAAGAAUAAAAAGUUUUAUCGUUAUUACUCUUAUAAAAGUUAUGCCAAAGUGUGUAUAUAUGUAUAUUUUGUAUGGGUUAUAGUACUUUGUAUAGUUUUAUGCAUGUAUAAAAAUUUAAUUCAUGUUAUCAAACUGUUUAUUCUUAUUUUAAAAAUUUUUGUGAAAAGAAGAAUUAGCAAAUAAGUUGUUUUAUUUUUGAAAAAAUUAAAAACAAUUCGAAAAUAUAAUCAGAUUAUGAUUUUUUUGUUAAGUUUUGCUCAGUUUUAAUCUUCUAUGUCCUUUUGUUAUUUCAUUUUUUAACAUCUGCUAGAUUACUAUAUUAAAGGAAAAACUGAUUAUAUCAUAAAAAGUUAUAAUAUGUGCAAAAUUGAUGUUUUAUAAGUAUUUUUGAUCUUAUAUUUAUAAUAAAACUUGAUAAGCUCUGAACUUUUCA